AUGCCAAAUCCUAAAGAUACUCACUUUUCCCUUAAACAUCUUUCGCCUUAUGUUAAAACUACUCAUGGACAAGGGAUCCUUAUGUCUGCUAAUGCCAAAAUCACCUUACAAGCUUUUUCAGACAGUGAUUGGGGCUCUUGCAUAGACACAAGAAAGUCGGUAACUGGUUACAUAGUCAUGCUUGGACAAUCCCCUAUUUCAUGGAAAUAUAAGAAACUAAGCAUAUUCUCUAGAUCCAGCUUUAAGGAUGAAUCUAGGGCCAUGGCUUCAACUGCUGCUCAGGUAACCUGGCUUGUGAGAUCACUCACAAAUAUGAAGAUUACAAACUUAAAGCCUAUUAGACUUCAUUAUGACAACCAAUCUACAUCAUGCAUAGCUAAAAACUCCGUGUUUCAUGAAAGAACCAAACACAUUGAGCUAGAUUGUCAUUUUACAAGGGAAAGGUCAUAG